CGGUUUAGUACUACCUUUCAGUGAGUGGAUGACUUGCAUCACUUUUCUUCAGUUUUCACUCGGAGCUGAGAUUCCGAGCAAAAAGGCACAAAAGAGACAGGAACAACCAACAACAAACAAACAACAAACAGACAACAAACAGCAACAUCUGGAGUGUUGCCGUUGUCAAUCAUUUUCCGAGUAGCUGAGGAACGAAAGCUGAUCAUAAACCGAUCUGCUCAUUCAAUUUUAGAAGUGCUUUUCUCUCAACCAACCAGAAACCAUUCUGUUCUCUUUCAAAUACAGGCUUCCUCACGCAUUAUUGACGCCGUCGACGAUAGUCCAUCCCAAACCCCAAGCCACCCUUUCCAGAGGAUCGGAGAUUCCUGAGAGAGUUUCCGAGGAGAAAGAGUUGAGGCAGAGCUGGAGGAGGAGAACUCCCCAAGGAUAAGGACCAUGAGCGAUCGUCCCGCUGAAACAGAGUAUUCGGCGCUUCAGGCACUGCUACAGAUUCGCUCGAACUCUUCUCAAGGCGAAGGAAGUGCCGCUGGAGAAAAUGGCGCCAGCGAUGGCACCACCAGAGGUGCCAAUGCCACCCAAACUGUGUCGGCCAGUAGUGCGGCUGCUAAUGCGGGCAACUUGGCCAACCUGUUGCGAAUGAAUGCUGAUAACGCUACCCUUUUCCAACAGACUGCUCAGGUGUCUCUUAACCCAACGCAGCUGGCAUCUUUGAGAGCUGCCGCGGCGAACACUCUUGGCCGAAGCAACCUGCUCCAAGCGGCAGCCUUUCGGAACCAAUCCUUGUCGAUGGCAGCAGCUGCUGCUGCUGUAGCUAGUCGACCCACUGCGGCCGCUUUGCAUCAUCACAGUCCUCUAUUUGCGGAUGCCAUGGCACGAGAUCCCUCCCUGGCAGCAGCCGCGGUAGUGGCAACAGCGCCCUUGGCUCCCACUCUGGACCUGCCUCGAUCACCAGCACUGUCCCCCAUCAGACAAGCCACUGCAGGGAGAGCCAUGGUUUCAGGAGGAAGGAGCCCAGUCGUCGCACCACGUGUGGCCCCAAUAGCAGCCAGACCGCCAGAGAUUGCUCCUGGCACCCCCGCUGCUUCCCAACAAGACCAGGCCGAGAUCAAGGUCCGAAAGGAUGAAGUGGAGGCAGCUCUAAGAUCCAAACCUCAGCGUGGCCGAAAGAGAGAGAAUCUCAAUGCGGAGGAACGAUUGGAGUUGACGAGGACGAGAAAUCGUGAACACGCCAAGAGCACUAGGAUUCGUAAGAAGGCCAGAUAUCAGGAGCUCCUGGAUACCGAGCAAAAGUUUCUGGAAUUUCAGAAUGAGGCGGAAAUAAAAGGAAAGCGCAGUGGUUCCAUGAUGAAGUUCUUAGAUGCUCGUGCUCGAAUGCUGAAUGAAGCUCUGACCAAGAGACACCAGCAUGACGACGAGACUGAAGAAGCCAAGAACAAAUCAAACGAGACUCGCGCCGUCAGCUUCGACCGAGCCGAAGAUGAAGUGAAAUUGGGAGCCGAACCACAAGACAAGGCGAUACAAAAUUUGACGCAUGGACUGAGUGAGAUUCUGGAAGACGUGAAAACCUUCAGGUUUGAAACUUCAGUGGGUGAUAUCCUGGCACACGAUCACGUCGCCAUGUCCCAAUUUGAUGAUUUUGUUGCUGGACGAUUUGACGAGCUGUUGGGGAGAGGUUCUUCGUAUCGAUUCAGUUAUCGUGUUAUUGGGUCAGAAGACGGGGUUGCUCUGAACAAGGAUGGAGCUGGCUUUGCAAAGGUGGAUCUCGUUGCCAGCGAGCCAUCCGACGCUGUAGCGUUUCCAAAGGAAAAUGACAAGAUACUGCAGUCGUCUGUGGUGUAUUUCCAAUUCGCCAAGGAUUCGCCUCUGCUUAGCUCGGUAUGUUGGUGUGUACUGAAGGACGUUUUGGAUUCCUCGUCUUCCAUCGGAGGCAAGAGCGAGUCCACCGCCAAGGAAAGCCUUGAGUCCCAAACGGUAUACCCAAGCGUUGUAUCUUUCGACGAGAAUCAUCGUGACAAGUCGAGGGAAAUGGCCGUCUUGGGGACAGCCCAGCACGCGCAAGGAAGCAGUGACCAUGCGCAGGAAGAGAAUCCGGGCAUGAGCAUUUGAGCUGGUCUUGAAAAGGACUUCCGAGAUAUUUUUGUGUGGUCUCGAAUUUUAAUGAAUUUAUAUUGACUGACAUGCAUCAGGGUAGAUUCUCCGAGGGCUUGCACAUGCUGCCUUGGCCAUGAACGAGUGGCACAGAUGUGCGAUCAAUUUUCUCCUGGUUUUGCCCGAAUGGGAUAUUGUGCAUAUUGUUUUUAAAAACACGGUAGAGAAAUAGACACGUAUAAGAUAAAAGAGUUCAUGUCACCUCGUCAUACAGUGCCUUGCGUUUUUGCCCUGUCUUGUUGGAAGAAGUGGAACUACAAUUGACGGCUCUAUGCCCCUUCUCGAGACACAGGUGGCAAUGCUCGUGGUCCAAAGGACAAUUCGCUGCUUUUUUGCAUCCUUUCGGGUCGUAGUUGUGAUAGCGGCACACUGGUUUUGUUGCGUCCAGCGGCGACAUUACAAGGGGCGCUUGCAGAGGAUGUCGAGGAAGUUUGGUGGUGUUGACUGACUCCAUUUUGGCAUGGAACCAUGUCGAACCGUUCCGAACGACGCCAUAAUCCUCAAUGACAUCUGAUGACGAAUUGUCUUUGUUGCUGAUUGUUGAUGAAAUAUCCUUUACAACUUCCCGACUUUUCACCACUAGAACUUUGACUUGAGGGAACGACUCCAGGACCCAAGACAUCAUUUCGAGGACUCCUUUUUCCUCCCGAUUUCCACCAAUGUCCAGAAAGACUGCUGCAGGUCCCUUGGGAUUAAACUUUCGAGCCACAUCCAUGGCUCGCUUGGGAUCUGAGAGGGCAUCCAUUUUGCAAGCAUGCCGUAAUAUCUUGAGGUCCAUUUUCUGCAGCGCAGCAGAGCUAGUUUCAAUCAUGUCGUUGGAAGAGUCGAAUCCAACCCAAGAGCGGCCAUAUCGACAGAGAAUCACGGAUGCCUCUCCUGUGGAGCAUCCGAUCUCCAACACGUCAUCCGUCUCGCAAAUUUGAGACGCAGCCAGGUGGCGAUAAGGAAUGGUGUCUGGGGUCAAGAUGAUGGAUUGGUCGCCAUGGGACUGGGUGAAAACUGGUACCAAACGUUUGCAAGAGACGUACUUCUUCCUUCGGUUACCAUUGUUGGUGUCGCCGCUCUCCCAAAAUUCAACCCACACGUGAUCUUUGGCAUCUGGCAUUGGCUCCACCACUGUUCCUCGUUUGCCAUCCUCUUUGGCGCUCUUGGGGCGGAAAAACACCACAUCCCCCAACGAGAAAGUGCGUGGGGAGGUACGCGGAAAAAUUCUCCAAAUUCUACCGCCAUUACCGGUAUCAUUGGGUAGCUUGGCAGUCUCGAUAGUAGUAGCACUCAUGAAUGAUCGUUGGAACAGGGUUGGAUCCAGGUCGUUGCUCCCUUUGGGCAAUACAAAUGAGUUGCUUGACAAGCCACCAAGCCAUCAGAAUAAUGACAUCAAAACAAAAGGAUCGUCAUUGGCUCUUUGGCAUCAGUGUGUCAGAAAGCAAAACAUUCUGAACGUUCCGAAA